CAAAACAACUAGACAUAGCCUCUGUUUUCUCCAAAAACCACUCGACAUAGCCUCAGUUUUCUCUAAAACCAAGUCUGUUUCCGGUUAUCUUUAUCUUAUUCUACCGAUCUUCGAUAUUCAUAUAAAUAAGAGCAGUCACCAUUCAUUUUUUCUUCAUCAAUCAAUCAACCACACUUUCUUAUUUACCAACCACACUCUCUUAUAUCAUGAUGAAUCGUGCAACAACAACAAGCAAGGCUUGGAUCGUGGCUGCUAGUGUUGGAGCUGUGGAAGCUUUGAAGGACCAAGUUGGUAUCUGCAGAUGGAACUAUGCUUUAAGACAGGCUCAACAACACCUUAAAAACCGUGUUAGAUCGUAUUCUCAAGCAAAGAAUCUCUCUUCUUCUUCACAUGUUGCUUGCAAAUUGAAGGAUGAGAAGAAGGCAAAGCAGGCAGAGGAGUCACUGAGGACUGUCAUGUACUUGAGCUGCUGGGGUCCCAAUUGAUUCAUUGCUACAUAUAUAGUGAUACAAGAUUAAUUAUGUCUAAUUUGUAAUUAGGAAACUGCAAUACUAAUCAAUGAAAAUAAUUUUUUUCUUGA